AUGGCGAGUGGAACGAGCGUUGAAACGACGACGACGCGAAAUGAACGAAACUGGGAACCCUUGGGAGGAGGAGGAGAGGACGAUGAUGAUGAACAACGCGACGAUGGUGCCAAUACUACGAAGCAAAGGAAAACCUCGCUGCUAUUCUCGGAUGAUAACGAUUCCGAACAAGAAGAAAAGAGGCGCAGGGACAGUCGGAGACGACACGCGAGGAAAAUAGCCCCGGACGACGAGAGCGAGCUGAAGUUGAAAGAGAAUGUGAAAAAGACACCAAACUGGUCAAAGAUACAAAGCGUGAGGUUUAUCGGAGAGAAAAUGUCGCACAAAGGCGUCGGAGUUAUCGCAAAAACGACCGUGCCAGCGAUUACAGAGCUCGUGAGAGAAUACGUGAAAGUAGAGGUGAGUGGAGAGUACGAGAGUUUGAAGGCGGCGAAAGCGAGUCUGACGGAAAAAGCGUUGGAGGUUGAGGCGCGAAACGCGUUUUUGCGCAAAGAAGAAGAGGAAAACAGAAGGAAUAAACUUCUGAAGCAAGCCAAGGCAAAAAAUGGUGAUAAUAAUAAUAUUAGUAGUAAAGCAAAAGAAGGUGAACUCGAAGACGAGGAUGAGUACUCGAUAUCGAGCGAAACGUGGGAGAGAGUAGAAAAGCAAAUCGAGAAGACCGCAAUUGGCCAAGUUCGAAAUAUUUUGAAACCUACGCAAUUCGGUGGCGUCGAAAAGCGAAACUCUUACGUGCAUUACAAACUUUUGAGCACGCAUACGGUUUCUCAGCAUUUUAAUCACUCCUGUCAUCCGAAUUGCGCGGUAUCAAACACGGUCGACGAGGCAUGUUCGAUUUAUACUUUGCGCGAUAUUCGCGCCGGGGAAGAGUUGACUAUUAACUACGCGGGGCCGAUUUUAACUUGGGUGCCCGUAGAUAUUCGACGAGGUAUUCUUAGGAAACAGUUUGGUUUCGAAUGCCACUGCUUGCGAUGCGAAGACGAGGCGAAAGUAUCGCUGACGGCGAAAAUAUCCACCGUGGCGAAACCACCGACGGAUCCGAGGUGGUUUUACAUGCCGUGUUCUAACGAAACUGGAUUCGAAAAGCUCUUCGAUUUAAAUACCGGCGAGCUAAGCAUAGAUGCCUCGCUCUUGAUGAUACAGAAUGGCCACAGGAAAAACCGUAGACACCGUCGUCGAAAUCACCACAAGAGUGACCAAGACGAAGAGGAAGGAGAGAGUAGUUCAUCCUCUUCCUCGAUGUACGAAGAAGACGACGACUUUUCUUCCGACGACGACGAGUAUUCACAUGAUAGCGAUGAAAGCGAUACGAGCGCGUCCGAAGACGACGAGUUGUUGCGAUGGAACGAAUCGCGUCGAACGAAAUAUUCGCGGAGAUAUAAGUUUGCCAAAGCUGCGUUAUCGCAAAAACUGCUGACGCCUAUUCAAGUGUAUAGAUUCAUGCGAAAAGCGUUGAUGCGAGACGAUCAUUGGCAGGCAUUCGUCACCAGAGAGGCUGUUUUAGACUACGUUAAAGAUUGCGACGAUGAGAGCUCGGAUGGCGUCGAAUUAUUCAAACUUUUACUGAUGCAUUGCAGGAGUUCAAUGCGUAUUUUCCCAAACUCGCCGCACUUUGCGCAAACGUUCGCGACGUUGGAAAGCAUGUACCAGCUGAAUAAAAAGACUUUGAAUGCAAAUCUGAGUAAACGAUGGAAAUUUCGAUUGGAGGUUGUCCGAGAGAGCGUACAUCCGGACGUCUUGAGUUGGAACAAUCCAAAGUUUCUGAACCGCUGA